AUGCAUAUGCAUCAACACCAGCACCACGUCCCGAACAUAGGCCCACCAUUUGGCAAGUCGAUCAAGAAUAUGGCGGAAGUCGCAGCUAACCCGAAAGCCAUGGACAACGAACAGGCGACCUCCUACUUGAACCAGUUCAUCGGCAGAAAUCUCCGCAUCCACGCCUCCGAUGGCCGUGUUUUUGGUGGUCAAUUGAAAUGUACCGACAAGGAUCGCAACGUCAUUCUGGCCCUUACCCAUGAAUACCGUGCUCCAUCAGCAGAAAUGAUCAAAAAAACCAUCGAGGAAUCCGGCAAUCCUAAAGCAGUCGUAACCUGGAAUAGCCGCUUCGUAGGGCUCGUGGUGAUCCCAGGAGCGCACGUCCGCAAGAUUGAGUUUGAGGAGAACCUGAUGCCAGGGCAGAAGAGCAGCGUUACUCUAUGAGGAGAAGAGACUCGCCUCUUUUCGUUGAUUAUGGGAACCCAGGAAUUGGAGAUAGAACGAUCCCGGUGCGCGUGUGUUGGUGGGGAUAGAGCGAUCCUCGCGUUAUCGAUCAUCAUCGAAAUCUGGAGAUGACUUCGUGUUGCGUAUGCGUUGCCCUCAAGUGCGAGGCACAAAGCUCGCCGCAGUCCAUUCCUCCUACAUCCGAAUCACUCGACAAUUUGACUCCCUCCGAUCCGUCUGGUGGUGAGCUCGGCAUCGUACACUACGCAGCUGAUGAAAGACGGGGGGCUUUUUUUUGGGGUGCCUUACCUCCCCAAGGACGAAAAAGGCGUUCAACGCGUUCUUCUGUGAAUGAUUCUGUCAAACGACAGCUGCCCACUUCAUUGCUGGCACUCUUAAGAGCCAUAUCGCAAUACCAGACCGCAGGAACACAGAAGAACGACCCUAUUUGCAUGUUUGUAAUCCGGAGUCAUCGUGAACAUGCCACUAUCAAAAUCAUGAACCAAAAAGACAUGGAAACAGUUGAAUUCGCUCAGGAAGUAU